UAACCCAAUUCACACACACGGUUUAUGCGUAGAUCUUGGAAUUUAAUUUUACAUCUACCAUCAUUUUCCAAUAAUAAUAUUCAAUUAUUCAUAUUUCCUACUAAUUAAACAAUCAAUACUCCUUAUUAUACCCCAUGAAUUAGAUCAAAUUUUGCAGAAAUUAACUCCAAACCCAAUCUGUACAUUGUCGUAUAUUUGUCAGACUGAGGUUUAGGAGAGGAGAGAGAAAGUGUGAUCUCAACUGAAACUGCAAAAAAGAGUUGAGAAAAUUGAAAGAUAUUAAAAAUGGGGUGUUCAUUUUCUGGGCUAAAUGCACUAUAUGAUGCUGUUAAUGGAGGUGGAGAUGUUUGGAUCAAUGAGAAUAGAUUCAAGAUCGUAAGACAGCUUGGUGAAGGUGGCUUUGCUUAUGUAUUUUUGGUCAAAGAAGUUGUUACCGACGCUUCUGCUGCUUCUGGGGGUCUUUCAAAUAAGCUUAAAGAUCCUUCUUUUCUCUCAGAUGAUGGGACUUAUGCUAUGAAGAAAGUAUUGAUUCAAAACAAUGAGCAGCUGGACUUGGUGAGGGAGGAGAUCCGUGUUUCGUCUUUGUUUACACAUCCCAAUCUGCUUCCCCUUCUUGAUCAUGCUAUCAUCAAAGUCAAGGCCACUCAAGAGCAAUCUUGGAAACAUGAAGCAUACCUGUUAUUCCCAGUUCAUUUGGAUGGAACUUUGCUGGACAACUCAACCACUAUGAAAGCUAACAAGGAGUUCUUUUCGACUGUGGAUGUUCUCCAAAUAUUUCGUCAGCUUUGUGCAGGACUGAAGCACAUGCAUCAUUUUGAUCCUCCAUAUGCACAUAAUGAUGUCAAACCUGGGAAUAUUUUAAUCACACACAGAAAGGGUCAGGCACCUCGGGCUAUAUUGAUGGACUUUGGAAGUGCCCGUCCUGCUCGAAAGCAAAUUCAGUCACGUGCAGAAGCUUUGCAGCUUCAGGAGUGGGCAGCUGAACACUGUUCUGCCCCUUUUCGUGCUCCUGAGUUGUGGGAUUGUCCAAGUCAGUGCAAUAUUGAUGAAAGAACUGAUAUAUGGUCUCUAGGAUGCACAUUGUACGCAAUAAUGUAUGGUGUCUCGCCCUUUGAGUAUGCGUUGGGAGAAUCUGGUGGAAGCCUACAGUUGGCCAUUGUAAAUGUUCAGAUAAAAUUGCCAGCUGGACCAAAGCUGCCAUAUCCUGAUACACUUCACCAGUUUGUGACAUGGAUGCUUCAGCCUCAAGCUGCUGUUCGACCACGCAUUGAUGAUAUCAUCAUUCAUGUUGACAAGUUGAUAUCCAAGUACUCUGAUUAGCUCCAAACAUCUAUUGGGGGCCGUCAAACUCAAACUUGUAUGCACAGGUGUAUCUUGAAUGUUUUUUUUUUAUUAUUUUUUUUUUAUACAAAUUAUUCUGGUCAUUAGACGCAUUACAGCUUAGUAAAUUCUGUGUUUGACAAAGGGUUAUCAAUUUCUCUUAUCUUACUUUGUCUAAUACUCCGUAUAAGUUAGUAUUUACAUAGAUAAUUUUUUUGGCGAUAGAUGUUUUUGUGUAGUAGAUUCAAUGUCAUUUGUAAACGUUAUGUACUGUUUUACUAGUACUAUAGUCUGUUACAGUAUACUGAAGCUUAUAUAAAAGGUAUUGCUUGGACAAUAUCACUCAAA